AUGUUACAUGAGUUGUUACUUGCUUUACAUGGAAUUUCCGGUGGUAUAUUCGUCCAGUCUGAUAAGACUGAAGAAGAUGAUGAUUUAGGUAUAGACCAACAUUUAAUACCCAUAUCAACUAAUCUUCCUUUUGUACCACAAGGUGAACUUGUCCUUUAUGCGGAAUUAUUAAAACUUGGAACUUGCUACAAAUAUUUGCAAGAAUUUAAUGAACGCUUUUCCGAAUCAUAUCAUGGUUUAUAUUUAUCUGCAUUUGCAUUCGGAAUUGAUGAUUCACUUAAAGCAUACAGAAAAGAUCUAUGUACACUAGAAACUGAACUUCUGAUGGAUGCUGAUCUUGGUGUUUCACACAUUUCUUAUCGUCUUCAUUCCUACAAGAUUUUAUUGCCUGUGCUUGUAAAAAUCACUAAAAGGUGGAAAAUAUAG